GGAUGUAUUUUUUUUUGCUUCGUGUCAUCGUGACGUGGAGAAUCGCUGCUUGUUUGUAAAAUUUGUAAAGAAAUUGUGUUAAUUUUUACUGUUAAAAAAUGCUUGAUUUGUUUACAAUUUUCACCAAAGGUGGGAUAGUUCUGUGGUGUUUCCGUGGAACUAAUGAAAUCUUUGCACCAUCCGUGAAUGCAUUGAUUCGCAGCGUUAUUCUUCAGGAACGUACUGGAAAAAAUGCCUACGAUCACAAUGGUUUGACCCUGCAGUACAAGCUGGACAAUGAAUUUGAACUUGUCUUUGUUGUGGCAUUCCAAAAGAUCCUCCAACUCGGCUAUGUUGACAAGUUCCUGAGCGACAUCCACUUGGAGUUCAGGGACAAGUACAAGAAUGAAUUGCGAUCUGGCAGUAAAAACUACGGAUUAUUCGAUUUCCAACAUGAGUACGAAGCCGUUCUUGUGGCUGCUGAAGAAUGGGCUAAAGCGCAGUCAAAGUUACCCAAGCAGAUGCGCUCCUACGAAGACUCCGUCAAGUCUAAGAAGACUGUGGCAUCGAUGAUUGAGCGCAAGGGGGAAACUAAGGAGAAUGGACAGCCCAAGAAGAGUGUGAAGAUUGUGGAAGUGAAGGAGGAGAAGCCGCUUGAGGAGGCGAAUCCUAAUUCUCUAAGUGAGGACGUUAUUGCAGCCAACAGGAAGAAGUUGGCGGAAAAGUUGUCUGGCAAAAACAAGGUCCAAAAUAAGAAAUCACCAAAGUCGCCACAAGAUAAGGCGGGUAAAAAGCCCCGUGUGUGGGAGCUAGGAGGCACUGCUAAGGAUAUGGUCAUGCUUGAUCGCUCUAAGGAUAAGCCAGAGGACGUAAAGAGCGAUUUUAAGGCUAACAAUGAAAUGAUCGGGACCAUGCGUGGAGUAAUUCAAGAUAUUGAAGUUGAAAGUGAAGAUGAGGACGAUGAGGAGGAGGCAUCUGAAUCCUCCAGCGAUGAAGUUGAGGUGAAAGUCAAUAAGACCACAACUGCUCCCAAGAAGUCAUCCAAGAUGUUUUCACUCUUUCGUGGCCUAGUGGGCUCAAAGAAUCUCACUGUGGAAGAUAUGCAGCCCACACUGGAUAAAUUGAAGGAUCAUCUCAUUUCCAAGAAUGUUGCUGCUGAUAUUUCGUACAAACUCUGCGAUUCAGUCGCAGCAAAGCUUGAAGGACGCGUCCUGGGGACUUUUGACACCAUUGCUGCUACGGUCAAGACAACACUAACCGAGGCACUCGUGCAAAUUCUCUCGCCUAAGCGUCGUGUGGACAUUCUUCGGGAUUGUAUUGAGGCAAAGAAGAAUCAAAGGCCAUACGUGAUGACCUUCUGCGGUGUCAACGGAGUUGGGAAGUCUACAAAUUUGGCAAAGAUUUGCUUCUGGCUCAUUGAGAACAAUAUGCGCGUACUCAUUGCAGCAUGCGAUACCUUCCGUGCUGGAGCUGUUGAGCAACUAAGAACUCACAUGCGUCAUCUCAAUGCUCUUCAUCCCCCUGAGAAGCACGGUGGGAUGCAAAUGGUUCAGCUGUAUGAAAAAGGAUAUGGCAAAGAUGCAGCUGGAAUUGCAAUGGAAGCAAUCCGUUUUGCCAAGGAUUCAGCAAUUGAUGUUGUUCUCGUGGACACAGCGGGUCGUAUGCAGGACAAUGAACCCCUAAUGCGUGCUCUGACGAAACUCAUUAAAGUAAAUGAGCCGGACUUGGUUCUAUUUGUCGGCGAGGCUCUCGUUGGCAAUGAAGCCGUGGAUCAGUUGGUGAAAUUUAAUCAGGCUCUCGCAGAUUAUUCUUCCAAUGAUAAUCCCCACAUUAUUGAUGGGAUUGUCCUCACAAAGUUUGAUACAAUCGAUGAUAAAGUUGGUGCAGCCAUAUCAAUGACUUACAUAACUGGCCAACCCAUUGUUUUCGUAGGUACUGGCCAAACGUACACAGACCUGAAGGCACUCAACGCCAAGGUAGUGGUUCAUGCUUUAAUGAAGUGAAAUAGUGGGUGCAUUUGUUGAUGUUACCACACAGUUGGUGUUGGGAUUAACCCCCAAUUGAAUGAGAAAUUCUCUAACCCAUCCACACUGUAACUAUUUUAUUAUGAAAAUAAUUAAAUAAAUAAAAGAGCCUAUUGAAGAUGAUUAAAAUCUGUAAAUAAUGUAGAAGAAAUUGGAAGAAACGGAGUGAAUAAAAGAUAUUAUUAUGUCAA